AAACUGAGAAAGACAACUCUCCCUCCACCAGAAAGCCUAACCAGUUUCUUGAAGAAAAACCCUUCUCACCAAACCUGAAUUAAACAAACAUAAUCAACCAAAUACAUAUUGUAAUAAGUCUCUCUCUCUCUCUCUAUCUAUCUUUCUCUCCAACAUACUGUAUUUGUUCAUCAGUUCUUUCCCUCUAUAUUUUCCAUCCCUCUUCCCUUCUUUCUGCUCAAAGCAUUCUUCAGUUCUCAUGCAGCCAGGUCGUCGUAAAACUCUCUUCACCGAAACAGGAGUCAUGAAGCACCGCAAGAACAAUAACCUUUCCAUAUUCGUUGUAGUGUUCUCCAUAUUUUUGUUUGGGGUGUUCAUGUAUAAUGAGGACGUGAAGUCCAUAGCGGAGUUCCCAUUUUCAAGGCCUAAAGGUAGUGAUAUCCAAGAGGAGCGAUCCAAACAAGGCAACCCAGUUCAAGAAGGUAUCAAGAACGAGAAGGAAAGCGCGGUGUCAUUGAAUUCAAGAACUUCAGUAGAAGAAGAAGAAGAAGACACCAAAAGAAAGAUUCCUGAUGAAAAAACAAAGGAACCUGAUGACUUGAAAUCCAUGGUGGUGAAAGAUGAUGAGCAAAGGCUUACAGUUGAAGAAGAUAAAGGAGAUGAGGAGAAGAUAGAGGAGAAACUAGAAGAACAGAAGACAGAGCUACCAGUCAUUGAAGAAGAUGAUGAGGAUGUCGAAUUGCCUCCGGAAGACUGUGAUCUCUUCACAGGACAGUGGGUUUUUGACAAUGAAACACAUCCUUUGUACAAAGAAGAUGAGUGCGAGUUUCUUACGGCACAAGUUACUUGCAUGAGGAACGGAAGAAAGGAUUCUUUGUAUCAGAAUUGGAGAUGGCAGCCUAGAGAUUGUAAUUUACCCAAGUACAAACCAAGAUUGUUGCUUGAGAAGCUGAGGAAUAAGAGGCUUAUGUUUGUUGGAGACUCAUUGAACAGAAAUCAAUGGGAAUCCAUGGUUUGUCUGGUUCAAUCUGUUGCCCCUCCUGGAAGGAAGAGCUUGAACAAGUCAGGGUCCCUCUCUGUGUUCAGAAUUGAGGACUACAAUGCCACAGUGGAGUUCUAUUGGGCCCCUUUUCUGGUGCAAUCAAAUUCAGACGACCCCAACAUGCACAGCAUCUUGAAUCGUAUAAUCAUGCCUGAAUCAAUCAAGAAACAUGGCAAGAACUGGAAGGGUGUGGACUAUUUGGUCUUCAACACAUACAUCUGGUGGAUGAACACUUUCACCAUGAAAGUCUUACGAGGGUCGUUUGAUAAAGGGGACACUGAAUAUGAUGAGAUCGAACGGCCAGUAGCAUACAACAGGGUCUUGACCACAUGGUCUAAAUGGGUUGAUAAGAAUGUGAAUCCAAAUCGAACCACUGUCUUCUUCAGCAGCACGUCUCCUCUUCAUAUCAAGAGCUUGGACUGGAACAACCCGGAUGGGAUCAAGUGUGCCCUGGAGACUACCCCAAUUCUGAACCAGUCCAUGUACCUAAACGUGGGCACUGACCGCAGGCUGUAUGUAGUUGCCAGCAACAUCACUCAAAACAUGAAAGUUCCUGUCCAUUUCAUUGACAUCACAAGCCUUUCCGAGUACAGAAAAGAUGCACACACCGCAGUCUACACCAUCCGCCAAGGCAAAAUGCUGACCCCGGAGCAGCAGGCGGACCCGGCCACAUAUGCUGAUUGUAUCCAUUGGUGCCUUCCAGGGUUACCCGACACGUGGAACGAGUUCAUCUACGCACGUAUCAUCUCUCACUCGUGACACAUGGCACAUACAUAAAUUCACAUUAUCCAUUUACUUAAUUUUUUUUCUUUUUUUUUCCUUUUUUGGUAUGGCUCCAUUGCCUCAGUCAUGGUUUUCCUUGUAAGCAUCUGUAAGUUUUACUUCCAACAUUUGAUCGGAUGUUAGCUUCAUAUAGGGUGGAAAAGUAUAGGGGAUGGACCAUCAAAAAAUUUUUGGUUUUUUCCUGUUGUUGAUUUAA